AUGAAGGACCCGUUCGGAAAGUUCGUUAUCGCCGCCACUGGAAACUUCGACGUUGGCAUCGAUAAGAUCAGAGGCUGGGUUCAAGUCAAUGGAGGAAAAUGGACUACCACCAUUACCAAACAUACAACUCAUCUGGUCUGCACAAAGGAGCACUGGAAGAGGGAUGUUCAGAUGGUUGCUGCUGCGAAGGCCAAUCCCAAUAUCCAUAUCGUGAAAUACGAUUGGCUUGAAGACUCGCUCCAAGCUCGAAACCCGAAGAACGAGAAACCUUAUCUAUGGAAGACCAUCAUGAGGGCGAAGCUCAAAGAGCAGAAUCGGCAGAAGGCGGCAAUGCGCAACGCUCUGAAGCAAGAUGCCGUUGCAUUCCACGGCGGCUGCAAAAAAGCGCGGGAGGACCUGAACUCUGGUACGUUGUCCAAGCGCAAAGCCAAAAACUCAAACACCUGGUUCACCUCCUCCCUGGCCUCGCUCGAGGCCGCGCGCGCCGAACGCGCUGCCCACAAGGCCGCUGCCUCCAUCCUGCCCACCCCCAGCCCUGACGGCCAGCACUCUCCCCGCCACCCCGCUGCCCAGCCCUCCUCGCCCACUACUGCCCAGUCUCCACCCGCUGCACCCCAGACCCCCACUCCCCAGCCCCCUCCCCUUCCUUCUCCUCUCCCCCCGCUGCAUCCCGCUGCAAAGGCUGACAAUGAGGUCGCCGUCCGCUUCCUAGACCUCUACCACCUGCACCGCGACGCGACAAACUUCAUCUACGACGUCGUCCUCGCGCGCAUCGACCUCGCCACCAACACAAACUCGCGCUACCACCUGCGCCUGUACGAGACGCACACGGCGCCGCACGCGUACUGCACCGUGCUGCGCUACGUGGCGCCCGGCCAGGCGGCGCCCGCGAAGCAGUACGUCGCGCCCAUGGGCAGCAGCUACGAGGUGGCGUUCCGCGCGUGGCGGUCCGUGUUUCAGCAGAAGACGCUGCUUGCGUGGGAGGAGCGGCUGCUAGACGAGAGGGAGAAGGCGGAGCGGGUUUGGUAUUGGGAGUUUGCGGUAUCUCUGGGCUACGAUUGGAUUUUGGGGCUGCGAGUUGGAGGCUUGAUUUAAGGGUUUAUUUCAUGGAGUGAUGCAUGAGCGGGCGAGACUAUCUGGCAUGCACUCAUAUAGAAUCUUCACAUGAUACAGAUGUUAUCAACGAUGAAAGCGUUUGGUAUCAGCUUCAGUAAAGACUGACAUUGCGAUAUACGGGUAAGACUAAGCAGAAAUGCCAUGAGCAUUCGUAGACCGAUGUAGGGGCUG